CCCCCGCCCCCCCCCCCCUUAAAACCAGAUGUUAUCUCUCUUGUAUAAGAUUAUGAUAAAUAAUAUUUAUUUGAAAACAUUUUUCUUUCAUUUAUUACACUUUUUUUUAUCUAAGUCAUAUCAUAAAUUAGAACCAAUUUGUUUUUCCAAAAAUGAUUAUGAGAUAAUAUUUAUUUGUUUUGAAUAUAAUAUUGUCUAUUUAUGUGUACAGUUAUACAAGUAUUAAAUCAAUUUAACUUAAUGAUUUCAACAUGAUUAAAUGUAUCAUGUUGGAGAGCGACAAAUAUUACCAUAUUUGACCAUUAUUGAUAUCAAUAGUUCGAUUGUUUAUUUUAAAAAAAAACUGAAAUAUUUAAAAUUAAUAUAACAACCUAAGUAAAUGUAUAUAUUAUGCAUUCUUGAUAUUCAUAUUGACUAUUCAAAAACAUAUGAAAUUUAAUUUAGAGAUGAAUCAAAUUUCAUUAGUUGACAGUUGUUCUCAUUUAGGGGAAAAGUGCAUAUGUUGAUGAAGCAAAACGUAUUUUUAAAAAUAUGUCUCAACCCGAUCAGAUUGGAUAUACAGCAAUGAUUAAUUGUUAUGGUUUAAACGGUAUGGGUAAUGAAGCAGUAGAACUUUUUCGACAAAUGCCAACAAGUCUUAUCAAUGAUUUCACUUAUGUGUGCGUUUUAAAUGCAUGUUCACAUUCUGGAUUAGUUGAUGUAGCUCGUUCAAUCUUUAAUACUAUUCAAAUCAAAUCACCUAUAAUAUACACAACCAUGGUUGAUUGUUUCAGUCGUGCAGCUGCCUUUGAGCAAGCAGAGAAAUUGAUUAACCAAUUCGAACGUGAUCAUGUUCCUGUAUUGCCCAUGCACAGUUAG